AUGGAGGAAUUGAUUCCACAUCUCCUGCGGCCUCAACCUACCAUCUGUGUCGGUUCACAAGCACGAUCAUCUGUGUCGGUUCAAUAUCAACAACAAGCAUCAACUGUGAGACCGACACAGUCUCAAUUAGAGACACAACAAUGUCACCCCAAUUUGUCUACUCCUAGUCAUGAGGACGAGCCUUUGAUAACGCCAUCAAAUGAAAUAGGUGAAAUUGAGCCUACCAUCAAUAGUCGGGGAGCUGCUUGUUCUAUUGCUGAGUAG